AGGUUUCCGUGGAGACAGCGGAGCCUGCGGAAGGCGGCGGUGGCGGCGGCGGCGGCGGCGGCGGCACCGGCGGCGGCACCGGCGGCACCUGCGAGCGGAUGCCGAGGCAGGGCAUGGCGGCGCCGACGGCCCUGUGAGAGCAAAGCGGUCGCGGGGCUCGCCAUGCGCCGGCGGCCCUGACAUGGGCGCCAGCGGCUCCAAAGCUCGGGGCCUGUGGCCCUUCGCCUCGGCGGCGGGGGGCGGAGGCCCGGAGUCGGCAGUCGCUGAGCAAGCUUUGGUGCGGCCGCGAGGCCGAGUCGUGCCCCCCUUCGUAUUCACGCGCCGCGGCUCCAUGUUCUAUGAUGAGGAUGGGGAUCUGGCUCACGAGUUCUACGAGGAGACAAUCGUCACCAAGAACGGGCAGAAGCGGGCCAAGCUGAGGCGGGUGCAUAAGAAUCUGAUUCCUCAGGGCAUCGUGAAGCUGGAUCCUCCCCGCAUCCACGUGGAUUUUCCUGUGAUCCUCUAUGAGGUGUGAGCCUGGGGAGUGGCAGGCAUAAGCACUCCCUACCCCAGCAAGAAACCCCCAGGCUCAAGGUGUGGCUUCCAUUAAGGAAUCUAAGCUGGGGCCACAACCCUGAAUAAACUGCACUGGCCUGGAAACUUCAGCUGUGAGCAGGGCAGUCCUGCAAUGUUGGUUGGGUGUUGGUUUAUAUGUGGACGAGGUGGCUGGCGGCUGGCGAGGGCUAAUGGCAGUUACCAGCCCACUUUCCCCAGCAAUCCCUACAAGGAGCAUGGCAGGGCAUAUGCUGGUCAGGAAUGCCUGGUUCCUGCACCCUUGCCUAGCCUGCUUUCUUCCAAGCUUGCGUAGGGCCCAGCCCUGCUAGGGGCUACAGCACUUUACAAGCAAGGUCUGCCUUCUUCCAGCCCCUGGGCUGUGGGAGCUGUAUGCAAGUGGGAACUUCCUUUCCCUCAUUUCCUUUACCCCCUUGUUGGAGCAUUUCAGCCGUUUGCUACCUCGAUUCCUCCUGUGUUGGACAGAGGUGGGGGGCAGUGCAAGCCUGAUUCUUCCUGCCUACCUGCUCAUCUGUUCCCACUCCCAGAUGGAUGGACAGUUUUCUGGCUGUUAAUAGGAGAUGGGACUGGUGUGGGAGGAUUCUCCCUCCACCCAGGGCUGGACUGACCCCCCCACUGCAACUACUUGUUGCCCCACACACACACCCCCAGUUGAGAGGGCAUAAGAUGGGAUCAGGAAGAGCUAUGAUGCCUGUGCCUAUGGGGAGUUGCCCCAACCCACCUACUUUGUCUAAUCCUCCUUGCCUUUGUACCAGCUCCCCUGCCCCCCCGACCCCUGCCAUAGGGAGGAGACUAUCUGCCACCCUUUGGUGAGGGACAGCACCCCUAGGGCUGGUGCCAGUAGCUGUGAGGAUCCCACCACCCCUUUCCCUACUGUAUACCUAUCCCCCAGGAUCAGUCAAUGGAAGGUACUGGAGCCCCUGGGUAGAGACAGAAAGGAGAGAUCAACCAUAAAGGAAUACUUAAAAUGUGAAAGUCUGUAAAUAGUCUAGUCCAUGAUGUUGGGGCAGAGUCUGAUUUCUACAUCAAAAUGACUUUUUUUUUAAUUCCUUACUGUGCAAGCUCUGUGCUUUUAAGAGUAUGGGAAAUGGCUUGGGAAGGGUGGCCCCCAAUCUAAGAAGGCUAUUGUGUUAUUUGUUUAGUUUCAAUAAAAUUAUUUGUAGACCCUGCAUACAAGA